CUCCAAUGUCUUUCAAUCCUUAUGAAGAGGAGAUGUUUGAGAGCGGUCCUAUUUCGGACAACGUGACGUUAGCUAAUUCGGAAAGGAACGUCACUUCAUUUGGUACUUCCACGUGGGAAGAUGAGUUCCGCCAGUUACCACCCGAAGGAGAGCGUUUACAACAGUGGAGAACAGAACAGCCUCAAAGAAUAGAAGAAAAGAGGAGAGUUGAGGAAACGAAGAGAGUAGAACUUCGCGAAACAGCUUCUAAAUAUAUUUCCGAAUUUUUUGAGAAAAGAGCCCAAGACAUUAGCAGAAGAAAGGAAGAUAAUCGAGCCAAAGAUAAGGACUGUUACAAAGACCAAUUUAUAGAUAAGGAAGAAGAAGUGGAACCUGCAGAAGCUUUUGAUUAUGUAUUACAUGGAAAAGGUCCACGUAUGUCUGCACGAACAGAAUCUAUUUAUGAUUCAAGUACAGGUAAAACCAGAACUCAAAAAGAGUUGAAGAGAAUGCGGGAUUCCAUGCAAAGUUACAAACAGAAUGUUGUUAGUGAAUAGUGAAAAUAAAUAAGAGUGGACAUUAUUCCACCACAGAAAGUUCCUUGUUCGAACAAUUUCUUAUAUGUAUGAGUGUUGUUGCAUAUGGAUAAUAAUAUAUUAACAUCUAUUGGA